AUGACAUCAUCCUCGGACCGAGCCGUGCCGCGGCUGCCAAGCCAGGAACCUCCGGCAAAGAGGCGCAAGAGCAAGUGGGCCUCACCAACACCAUCGCCCCGCAGCAACGGCGAAGGCUCGUCUGUCGGAUGCCGGUCCGUCUACUGCUACGAGCGCCUCAAUCACAUAGAGGAAGGCAGCUACGGCGUCGUCUUCCGCGCCCGCGACAAGCAGACGGGCGAGAUCGUGGCCCUCAAGAAGCUCAAGAUGGACGGCGAAAAGAACGGCUUCCCCAUCACCAGCCUCCGCGAGAUCCGCACGCUGAUGCAGGCGCGGCACCCAAACGUCGUCGAAGUCAAGGAGAUCGUCGUCGGUGACACCCUGACGCAGAUCUAUAUCGUCAUGGAGUUUGUCGAGCACGACCUCAAGACGCUCCUCUCGUCGAUGCGGACGCCGUUCUUGCAAUCAGAGAUCAAGACGCUCAUGAAGCAGCUGCUCUCGGCCGUGCGCCUCCUGCACCACAGCUGGAUCAUCCACCGCGACCUCAAGACGAGCAACCUGCUCAUGAACAACCGCGGCAUGAUGAAGGUCGCCGACUUUGGCCUCGCGCGCACCUACGGCGACCCCCUCGGCGACAUGACUGGCCUCGUCGUGACGCUGUGGUACAGAGCGCCGGAGCUGCUGCUCAACUCGCCCACCUACGACGAGAGCGUAGACAUGUGGUCCAUCGGUUGCAUCUUUGCCGAGCUCGUGACAAAGGAGCCGCUGCUGCCCGGAAAGACGGAGCUGGACCAGCUGCACCGCAUCUUCCGCCUCCUCGGCCCACCAAACGAGCACGUCUGGCCGGGUGUGUCGUCGCUGCCGCUGGUCCGCAGCAAGAAGGUCGACAUCCCUUCUGUACCGUCUUCGUCAUCGGCGACCUCGGCCGCCGCGGCCAACAGCGCGACUCUGGAGUCUCAGCGCGCGGCACUGCGCAACCGGUUCCGCUACCUGACCGAGAACGGCGUCGAUCUCCUCUCGCGCCUGCUCUGCUACGACCCGGCCCAGCGCAUCACGGCCGAUGAGGCGCUGCGCCACCCGUACUUUGCCGAGUCGCCCCCGCCCGCGCAUCCGGACAGCUUCGGCAGCUUCCCCUCGGUUGCCGCCGGCGAGAGGCGCAAGGACCCCUCGCCCAGCGCGCCGCAGCGCCUCGCCGACCAGAAGCUCGCCUACCAGCUCGAAUUCGACCUCUGA